CACCUAAAUCACCAUUUAUCAUCACUUUCGCUGUAUAUAUAAGCGUAACCAGUAGUUAACUCAAAAACUUCCAUGGCUUGGCGCUUCCUCCUGACCAAAACCCUAAAGCUACUCUUAAACCCUAACCCCAACCCCUCUAAGCCCUUCCUCACCUCCCCAUUCUCUACCUCCUUUCUGGUCACCAAAACCCCCAAAAAGUUCAAGAAGAAACACACGAAGAAAGAGAGCCCACGCACCAAACUGGUCAACUCGGAGCCCAAUCGCAUCCCUCACUUUGAGCACAUCGUCGAGCGCGAUGCCUUCUUGCGGUUCGUCACCAAGUCCAAGGACUUCCUCUCCAAGCAGCCCGAACAUGUCCUCCGCCUCGACGACGCCGGCAAGCUCCACCGCGAGCUCGGCUUCCCGCGCGGCCGCAAGGUCGCCCGCUCCAUCGAGCGCUACCCCUUGCUCUUCCAGGCCUACCGCCACACCGACGGCAAAAUGUGGUUCGGCUUCACGGAGCUAAUGGAGGACCUGCUCGACGAGGAGCGAGCCGUCGCCGACUCCAUGGAGGCCGAUAGGGUCACCACGGUGCGCAAGUUGUUGAUGAUGUCCGCGAAUAAGCGCAUUCCCUUGAGCAAGAUUUACCAUUGCAGGUCCGUGUUUGGGAUUCCCGAGGAUUUUCGGGACCGCGUCGAGCAGUACCCGAAUUACUUUCGGAUCGUGGUUGAAGGAGAUGGGAAGAGAGUGCUCGAAUUGGUGAAUUGGGAUCCGUUGCUGGCGGUGAGUGCGUUGGAGAGGGAGUUCGUGGUGGAUGAGGACAGGGCUAAGAGGGCUUUUAAGUUUCCAAUGAAGCAUGGGAAGGAUCUGGAUUUGGACGAGGACGAUACCAGGAAGCUCAACUUGUUGAACACACUUCCGUUGGUGUCGCCGUACUCCGACGGGUCGAGAUUGGAUGUUUGGACAUUGGAGGCGGAGAAGUAUAGGGUUGGGGUUUUGCACGAGCUCUUGAACUUGACAUUGGAGAAGAGGGCUUCUAUACAUCACAUUGUGGAGUUCAAGGAGGAGUUCAGUUUGACUAAGCAUACUUACCAGAUGCUUUUGAAGCAGCCUAGGACAUUUUAUUUGGCGGGGACGGAGAUGAACUGGGUUGUUUUCUUGAAAGGUGCAUAUGAUGAGAAUGGGGUUUUGAAACACAAGGAUCCGCAGGUGGUUUUCAACGAGAAGCUGUAUAAAUUCGCUCAAAUGCGGGAAAGGGAGAAGAAAUGAUUUAGAGAUGGACUAUUUGGAUUUCUUUUGAUGGAUCGGUAAUAGGGUUUGAGGAGGUUGUCAGAGAUUCAUUGUUAGGUGCUUUUAGUGGUGGAGUAGCACUCCUGAACACAAGAUUAAAGCAGUUUACAUUGUAGAUAUAUAAGGUAUUAUCUUUUGAUCCCUGACAUCUCUGUCUAGUGUUUUUUGUAUCAAUGUUCAGCAUAAUUUAUGCCAUUUUCUUAAUUAUGCUCACUAAUGGAAUGCUAACUUUUAACUGUUAACAUUUUAUGAGUUGGGGAAUCACAUUAUGUAUCAU